AUGUCAACCUGGGGUUUAAAUGAUGCCCACCGUCUGCGUCCAAUGCCACUUACGGUCUCAGUGCAUCCCUCGGACCCUUUUUUAUACAUAGAGCGGCAAUCUCGACAGCUUCAAAACGACUUGCAAGAACUGCUUGACUCUCAGAGCCGUGCUUUGACUGCCAGGCAAUCCCUAGCUACGCGAGAGGCUACUCCUUCAACAAGAAGCUCGACUCCUACUCCCUCCCAGACUGUGAAUCGCAACCCGACGCUGCCUCUUCCAGUACGUCAACCGCGCAAAAGAGAACCCAGCCUCCGAAAUUCACGUAGAGGCAUUCUUCGCUCUAUCCACAACCUUUUAAGCUUAAAGGAGGAGGAGCAUGAUAUCCUCGACUCGGAAAUUCAUGCCAGGAAAGAUGCUCUACAGAUGGUGAAAUCAUUUAUGGAUAAACGGGCUGGAUUGGAGAAGUCAAUUUCUACAAUGCAGGCCGACAGCCAAAAGAAGCGUGUAGAUGCGCUUUCGAACGAGCUUCACUGUCUUGAAGGCGAGAUAAAAGACACCGAAUCAAGGUUGGCAGAGAUGAAGAUACGUUAUCAACAUAUGGCGGAUGAAAUAUCACAGCUUCAGAAUGCUGUAGACGCUAAGCUGUCGUCCUACGAAGCCGCCCUUUCCCUGGUCAAUACAGACGCCAAACGGUAUCUAAAGAAGCCGCCUAUCCCACCACUUAAUAUCUCCUCUGCACCGACAACAUUCUUCUCGUUGAAGCCGGACCGCCGAACCCUCGAGAUGGCGGAAGAACACUGGACGCUAGAAAUAUCGGCACUAGAAAAGCGUAGUGAAGCCGCCAGCCAAGAGAUUGAGGCCUUGCAAGACGGCGGACACAUAUGGAACGAUACUGUAACAACAAUAACAAAUGUAGAGACGCAGCUACGGAAUACCCUGAACCGGUUACAAGGGAAGGGUUCGUUGACUGAACCAAUGGACCCCGAGAAGGCCCGCGAGACAGACCUUUCCUUGAUACAGAAAGAGCUGGACGUUACUAUUCAAAGGCUAGAAAGCCACCUACGGCUGGCAGAAGAGAAGAACUGGACGCUGCUUAUAUGCGGAAUCGGUGCUGAACUCGAAGCGUUUGUGGAGGCCAAGGCUAUAUUCUCCAGUACAUUCGGCUACCCCCAUCAAGCUCCGGGCGGCGACCACGAGGGCACGAUGGUAGGAGAUGUACCAGACGACCUGUUGCGGUCUCCCACUUCAUCAAAAGGAGGCUCUCCUUCGCCGAUAAUACACAAGUCAAUAGAUACUACGGACCAAGCUACCAUCUGCCCAAAAACUCCGCCCUUAUCGGGGAAAAAGGAUACGGCAUCACAUAGCGAUUAUGAUGAUGAGCCGGAUCCUGCCUGGCUACUCUCUCCAGCGUAA